AUGUGCAAGAUGAAGGAGUUGGUGGCACUUUUGCUUGUGGCUGUGCAAAUUCAAAACGUCAAGCCCGUGAUUCACACGCUCAAGUAUAUCCGCACAGCGUCGUCUCAAAUUCCAAACUUCCCAGAGUACUUGGAGGUGGGUUAUGUUGACGGUGUUCAGAUUACCCACUACGACAGCAAGAGCAGGAAAUAUCGACCCAAACAGGAGUGGAUGAACAAAAUCACAGUUGAGGAUCCGCCCUACUGGGAGAGAAACACACAGAAGAAUAUUGGUAAUCAGCAGGUGGCUAAAGUCAGCAUUGAAAAUCUUCAAAAGCGCUUCAACCAAACUGGAGGUGUUCACAUGUUCCAGAAAAUGUAUGGCUGCGAAUGGGACGAUGAGACCGGCGAUGUGGACGGUUGGCAACACUACGCUUACGACGGAGAAGACUUUAUAUCGUUUGAUUUGAAGGGACUGAGGUGGAUCGCGGUCAAGCCACAAGCUGUCGUCACCAAACACAAGUGGGAACAAUUUGAUCUUCAAUACCGGAAGCAUUACACCACUGAGAUUUGCCCUUCCUACUUGAAGAAGCACGUUCGCAAUGGGAGGGACUUCCUCAUGAGAACAGAGCUUCCGCGGAUCUCCCUGCUGCAGAAGACGUCGCGGUCGCCGGUGACCUGCCACGCCACAGGAUUCUACCCCAGGGAGGUCGACCUGUUUUGGAAGAAGGAUGGCAAGCAGCUCUUUGAGGAUGUGGAGAUGGGCGACACCCUCCCCAACCACGAUGGGACCUUCCAGACCACCGCCGACCUCAAAGUGGUGGACGCCAACGCCAAAUACGAGUGCGUCUUCCAGCUGGCCGGCGUCCCAAAGGACGUCGUCGUCCCGCUGGACCACGCGAAGAUCCUGAGCAACGAGCGCAUUGAAGCGGAAGAAUGGAGGAAGACGGCGCUGCCUGUCAUCAUCUCGUUGGUGUCCCUCGCCCUGACUCUCACGAUCCUUGUCGUCGUCGUCGUCAUUGUUGUCCAACGCAAAAAAGCCAAAUACACCAAAGCUGCCAAUUCUGAGCAAUCCUCCUCCGAGAGCGCUCCUGAAACCGCUUCUUCUACCGACGAGUCCCUUUUAGCCAAGCUCGCUCCCGACGGCGAGCAGGAGACGCCAGAGGAGUUGAGCACCAGCGACCAGUCGGCGUCCCAGAGCAGCAGUCGCCUUUGCCCGACGUCCACCCGAGAAUCGGACGUGUGA